AUGAACGAGAUUCUUCCCUUCCUCUUUCUGGGAGGCCUCAAAGACGCGGAGAAUCCCGCGGCUCUGGAGGCUGCAGGCGUUCGCGCGGUUGUCACCUGUUGCACUUACCAGGAGUGCCCGAAAUACACCGAGAAAGAAGGACUUGACUACUUCCGCGUUGACGUCGAGGACACGAGUCGAGAGCCGCUCCACCUCUACUUCCAAGAGGCAGGCCAGUUCAUCGACCGCUAUGUCUCUCGGCAGCAGACUGUGCUCGUACACUGCAAAGCUGGAGUGUCGCGGUCGGCGUCCGUUGUUCUCUCGUAUCUAAUUGGAUGCAAGAAGUUUGCCCUACAAGAGGCCUUUUUCCAUGUUUUGACGAAGCGGCCCUGCAUUUGCCCAAAUAUUGGUUUCAUGGAGCAGCUGUGCGCGUACGAAAGAGAGGUCCGAGACAGCUGCUCUGUGUGUAUGUUCAAGUACACAGACUGGUAUACGGCGGAUAGCUCGUAUCGGCCCGCGAUUCCUGACUUAGAGCCCUGA